UAGCCGAAGGGAGGGGGCGCCGGGCGGAGGCAGGGCGGGCGCAGAUCGGCAAGGCGUGUACGCGGGAGGCGCCGAGCUUUUGCCGAGGCCCGGAGCGCAGAGGUUCCCGGCGAUGCCGCCGGAGUGCGAGAGAAGUCCCAAGAUGUGACUGGAGGGGCUUGCGGUGGCUUGCGGACGAUGCUCGCCCUCCUGGGCGCGACAGCCCUGGUGCUGGUCGCCGGGACGCCAUGGGUGUUGCCCGCAGCCGGAGGUGGAAUAAAUCUAAACUGCUCUCAAAAUUUAGAGGUCAACAUCAUAGAUGACAAUGUUACCCUAAAGUGGAACAGGAGAGAUGAGUCUGUCAGGAACACGACUUUUUCAGCAGAUUAUGAAAAACCUGAGACGGAUAAUUGGAUAAGAUUGCCCGGGUGUCAACAUGUCACAGGUACCGAAUGCAGCUUUUCUUUACCCGUGCUGAAUGUUUUUAAAGAAAUUAAAUUUCGUGUAAGAGCAGAACAAGGAAUCACUUCUUCAUGGUGUGAGGUUAUUUCAAUUACACCAUUUGCAAAAGCUCAGAUUGGUCCUCCAGGAGUACAUUUAGAAGCUGAAGAUACAGCAAUAAUAGUAAAGCUCUCUUCUCCUGGAACAAAAGAUAGUAUCAUAUGGGCUUUGGAGGGUUCAAGCUUUCUAUAUAGCUUAGUUAUCUGGAAAAAUUCUUCAAGUGUAGAGAGAAGGACUAAAAAUGUUUAUCCCAGAGAUACAAUUUAUGAACUCUCACCAGAGACUACUUAUUGUUUAAAAGUUAAGGCAGAAAUACUUGUGCUACGGAAAGUUGGGGUCUACAGUCCGGUGUAUUGUAUAAAUACCACAGUUGAAAAUAAAAUUCCUCGACCAGAAAAUUUAGACGUCAGUGUUAAAAAUCAGAGAUAUGUUCUUAAAUGGGAUCAUGCAUUUGCAAACGUGACCUUUCGAGUUCAGUGGCUCCAUGCCUUUGCCAAAAGGAAUCCUGGGAGUCAUUUAUAUCAAUGGAAACAAAUAACUGACUGUGAAAACAUCACAACUACCCAGUGUGUCUUUCCUCAAAAUCUUUUCCUAAGAGGAAUUUACUAUCUCCGUGUACAAGCAUCUGAUGGAAAUAACUCAUCCUUUUGGUCUGAAGAGAAGAGAUUUGACAUUGAAAUAAUAAGUAUCAUACAUCCUCCCAUCAUUAAUGUGAAAUCCACCAGUGACUCACUGCGCAUCUACAUGGACGCUCCCCAAGAUUCUGAAAACGAGCCCGUGAACCAGCACGUCCCACUAAGCUAUGAAAUUAUUCUGUGGAAAAACACUUCAAAUGCUGAGAGAAAAAUUCUAGAGAACAAUCGUGAUUUCACUAUUCCUCACUUGCAACCGCUGACUGUAUAUUGUCUCAAAGCCAGAGCACACCUUGUGGAUAAAAAACAGAAUAAAAGCAGUAUUUUUAGUGAUGCUGUGUGUGAGAAAACAAAACCAGGAAAUUCUUCCAAGAGCUGGCUUAUAGCUGGCAUUUGCCUUGGGUUAUUUGCUCUCAUAGCUGUCGUGUAUUUUGUGAAAGUCCUCCAGAAAGCCAUCACUUAUGUGUUCUUCCCAUCACUUAAACCUUCCUCCAACAUAGAUAAGGUACGUACGUUGCUUUUCUUUGUCAACGUCUAGGAAAUAAACAGGAAUGGUUUGAUUUCAAAAGAACGUUUACGUUUUCUUAAUAUCCAGGGAAAAAAUACAAACUGAUUUGGGUAUAUUCUUCUAAGUUUUAGUAAUUUCACUUUAGAAAUGGCCGUUUAAUGGAAUAACAUAGCUCGGGAUAGUAAGGCUUGUCCUUAAUCUCAUAUUUUUCUAGCAACGUAGAGACUGACUGUGGCAUUUGUUUUACAAUUUAAAGUCUUUAUGAUUCUUCACGGUACAGUCCCCAACGUAACAACGGUUUGACAUAAUUUUUCAACUUUAUGAUGGACUUAUAGGAGUAUUAAACUCAUUUUCAGCUUACAGUAUCUUCAACUCACUGCGGAUUCACUGGGACAUGCCACCAUUGUAAGUCAAGGAACAUCUGUAUCCAAAAGACAAAUAUUCUGUCCAUGUAGAAAGAAUAUUCUUAGGAUGAAAUCGAUAAUAACAUGAAGGUUUUUUAACGUAAUGACACCUCACAGUUUUUUUUUGGUGCUCCUGUGAAGUUAGCCUGUUUAACGCCCGCACUAAAUCCCCAGGGCCUAAGCAUAGAAUCUGACCGGGGAGCCACACGCAUGUGCUCACCCAGGUGAGUUUCUGGUUCCCUUCAGGGACAGUGAACUUGAGUAAAUCGCCUGAGGGUAGUUGAGUACCUACCCCUAGACUAACUAUAAAAUAUAGCCAGUAAUACUACCCCAUGAGGAUGUGGAAAUCUUAGGAGGAGUUGAAAUAAUAAUAAUGUCGCCCCAAGGAGUUGUACAGAACAAAGGAGAUAAACCGUAAGUUCUCGCACUCUAAACAUACCCAGUAUGUAUUAACUAUUUUACUCUUAGACUUCUGAGUUUUUUUAUAUUCCUCUAUAUUCUUAACAUUCAUAGUUGUUGUUUAAAAUACAGACGUAAAACUAGCCAGAUAUAACAACUAAUUUUUAUUAUUAGUUAAACUUGAAGAAAUGAAUUUCUCACUUGUGCGUCUCCUGGAUAUCUGUGGAUUAAAUAUAAAAUGUUUUAUCAUUUUA